AUGAAAUCGAAUAAAUUUAGUAAUGAUAUAGUUCCACUUAACAUAAAUGAAGAUCGAAAAAAUUCGGAUAAAAGUGGGACUAUAGCUCGUCAUAUUUCUACAAGAUCAUCCCUUGAAAAUAACGUAGACACGGAAAAUAGCAAUAAUAGAUUUGGCAUUGACGACGGCAUCAGACCUAUUACAAAUUCUAACGAUCCAAUUAUCAUCGCUAUUAAACCAAUUUUAUGCAUAUUAAAAGUAUUUGGCAUCUAUUAUUCGAAUCGUGAACAUCGAACUUCAAUGUUAGCCGACUGUCAACUAAAAAAGAAGCGAUCAAGAAAGACUUUUUUCACGCCUUUACGAAUUUAUGGCUUGGCGGUUUGCCUUGUGCUAUGGAUCAAUACAGGACGAUUCUGGGCUAAUAUUUUUACAUAUCAAAAUACAUCUUGGAUGCCAUUUGUUAUAUUAUACGUUCUAUGGCUUUUCCAAGUAGCAGGCAAUGUAUCUCUUUAUUAUUAUAUGUGCCAUCGUUACUUAUACGUUACAAACCUUGCAAUAGCUUGCUUUAAUUUAUAUCGCCUAAUUUUUAACUGGAGCGUAAAUGAGGCACAUUCUCCAAUAUCAGUGUUAUACUCUCUACAAACUCGAAAUAUUGGUAACGACGGAUUAGCAGAGUUGCUCCUAUUUGAGUCUCGCCUUCUGGGAGAACCCAUUGGUAUCAGCGUUGUUGGAAUGUUUGUGAUAACAAGAUCUUUGAUUUUAACGUUGCUAGGUAUUUUUGUUACCUACUUCUUUCUUUUAGCGCAGCUACAUGGAAAGGCUUAA